AUGGAAAUUUUGCACACCCUUUUGCGUGACCCGACUCCCGCAGUAAUAUAGGCAUGGGGCUAGCAGUAGGCAGGCAGAUAGAGCAAACAAAUGGUAUCUAAGUUUCCGGCGAAAGCCACGGCUGCUUUUUGCCUAAUCACUGCGGGUUGCUUCUCAUCUCAAGCCAAUCUUCUCCCCUUCUCCGACUCUCCCGUUUCCCAAGGCAUUCUUCGCUCUUCUCGUGCAAUCUGCACUGUUGCUAUCACCGUUGCUGACUACAAGUAUUCUUUAUAUGGGCUUCCGAACGACUGCGAUGAGUAUCGUCGUCUAUUAUCUGAGGUUCAUUUGCGCUCAGCUAAAAGAUUGCUAAAAUUAUGUGAAAUAAACAAAGGUUUUUAUGUGAAAGCUGGCCAGUUUGUUUCUUCCCUUCGUCAGAUUCCUAAAGAAUACUCUUUGACCCUUUCCUCGUUGCAGGAUCAGGUGGUUCCUUAUGAUUUUAAGGUCAUAAAAGAAGUAUUAGUCAGCAAUCUUGGCCAGGAUCCGUCAGAGCUAUUUACUUGGUUUAAUGAGCAGCCAAUCGCUGCUGCAUCCAUUGCGCAAGUGCAUCAUGCAAUGUUGAAAGACCAUCAAGAAGUAGCUAUUAAGGUGCAAUACCCUGGAAUAGAGAAGAAAAUGAAGUUAGACACAAGAAUUAUGUAUUCCCUUUCUGAAUUUGUUGCAUGGUUUUUUCCGGAAUUUAGGUUUCGGUGGUUGGUCUCAGAAUUCACCGAGGCAAUUUCUUUGGAGCUUGAUUUUGUUCAAGAGGCAAGAAACUUUGAGACAAUGUCUAACAACUUUCGAAACAACAAAGUUGUUCGAAUACCUCGUAUAUUUUGGGAUUUGACGACAAAUCAAGUUCUCACAAUGCAGUUUUGCCACGGUCACAAGGUUGAUGAUGUUGUAUUUCUGAAGGGAAUGAAAAUAAAUCCUGAGAAGGUUGCAAAAAAGUUGUUGGAAGUGUUUGCUGAAAUGAUAUUCGUUCACGGUUUCUUGCAUGGAGAUCCACAUCCCGGUAAUAUAUUGGUGUCUAUAGAAGGUCAGGGUGGCUUUUCUUUGGUUCUUUUGGACCAUGGAAUCUGCAAAAAGUUGGAUGAAGUGUUUAGGCUUGAAUAUUGUCAGCUUUGGAAGGCUUUGAUUCUUUUAGACUCAAGAAAGAUACAGCAUUUAGCUGAACGGUUUGGUGUUGGGAAGUACUACAGAUACUUGCCCAUCAUUUUCUCUGGAAGGACUAUAGAUAGUAAAUCUGGCAUUGGGAAGGGAAUGUUGGUUGAAGAGCAAAAGAAGCUGAAACAACAUUUGAAGGCUCUAAAGAUGGAGGACAUAUCUUCGUUUAUGGAAUCUCUUCCUUCCAACUUUCUAAUAAUAUUGCGGACAGAUGAAUUACUGAGAUCUACAGUAAGCAAGCUUGGUGCUUCAAAAUGGGUGAGGUUGCUAACCUAUGGAAAAUAUGCCUCACUUGGUCUCUCUCCGAAGUCGAAUCCAUGCUCUGGUUUGACAUCAUUCGCCCUAUAUACCAGAUUGAUAGGAAAUAUAGAAUACAUUCUUCUAAGGCUUACUAUAGGGGUAAUGAAUCUGGUUUUGUGGAUGGAGAAGCUGAAGCGAUGUCUGAAUAAGUUUUAUGGAAAGAUGAGUGCUGCUGGAAAAGGUAUGUCGACACUGUUCUUCAACAUCUACUUCAAAAUGUAGAUUCUUUUUUCUUUGUUUUUUGUCUUAUGUACUUCGUUAUUUACUCUAAGUAAAUUUUGAGCAGAAGCCAUAAGUAGAUAAAGCUUCCUAAGGCUCGAGGAGCACUGUAUUGUAGUUUGAUAUUGGCUUCUAUUGUACAACUACAAAAUUACUCUGAAUCUGAAGAAUUGUAAGAACAAGAAUAUUACUCAAAGCUUAAACUUGGUGUAUGAAAUUAUUUUAAGUACCA